UGUUUCCUCUUGGGUGCCAUGGCAUAGGACCGAUACGUGGCUAUAUGCCAUCCCUUGCACUACACCGUAACAAUGAACAGGAGAGUGUGUCUUCAUAUGGUCAUAGCAUGCUGGAUUGCUGGUAUUCCGCUUUCUGUAGGACUCACUGGUUGGCUAUUUAGCUACCCCUUUUGUGGCUCAGAGGAGAUUGAACAUUUCUUUUGCGAUUUCGCUUCCAUUCUUGAUCUGAUCUGUUCAGACACAUACUUAUUCAAGCUUUUUGUGUUCAUUGCUACUCCUGUAAUUGUUUUGAUCCCACUUAUCUUGAUAGCAGCCUCUUACAUCCAGAUAAUCUUUAUGAUCCUCCGAAUGCCAUCUGCCGAAGGAAGACAUAAAGCUUUUUUCACCUGCAUUGCUCAUCUGGCGGUGGUGACAAUGUUCUACUGCACAACUGGCUUGAUACAUUUAAAGCCAAAGUCCAGACUCUUGGCAAACAGCAGGAAACCUGUGGCUCUUUCUUACACAGUAGCAACUCCUAUGCUGACCCCAACCAUCUACAGCUUACAAAACAAAGUAGUAAAGCAUGCUCUAAGGAGGACAUUUGGGAGAGGACAAUUCUUCAGCAAAGUGCCUCUGCCUAGGUAG